AUGCAAGCUGCUGUUGAAAAACUGCGUAAAUAUCGUGAUGAAAAUUAUCGUUGUCACGAUGAAGUACUAGAAAUUUGGCAAAAGCAUUUGUCACAACGAAAUUUAUCAUCAUUGGGUGAUGAGAAAUGGUUAAUAUUAGAACAAGUUUUGAAAUCAGCGUUACAAUGUAAUCAAUUGGACGUAGCAGAUAAAUGUACGGAAAUAUUAGCUAAACAAUUUAAGCAAACAAGUAGACGAAUAUCAACAUUGUAUGCAAUGUCAUAUGAGGCACGUGACGAUUAUGAUAGAGCCGAUAAAAUCUAUCAAUCAUUAUCACAGGAUAAUGAAACUGAUUCAACUGUUAGAAAACGGCAAAUAUCAAUAUUAAAAGCACAAAAUAAAAUUAAAGAUGCUAUAAAUGAAUUAAACGGUUAUUUACAACUAUAUCAGACAGAUGUCGAAGCUUGGAGUGAAUUGUGUGAAUUAUAUCUAAUUGAACAUGAUUAUGCGAAAGCUGCAUUUUGUGCUGAAGAAUUAUUAUUAAUAAAUCCUCACAAUCAUUUAAAUCAUGAACGUUAUGCAUCAAUCCGUUAUAGUCAAGGUCUCUAUGAAGUCGCGCGUAGUUAUUAUUUUAGUGCCUAUAAAAUAAAUUCUUCUAAUAUUCGAACAUUAUAUGGAAUAUUGUUAACAUCAAUGAAUCUAAUGAAUAGAAAUCUAAAUACAACGUCGACAACAUCGGCACUAAAUCGAGAUGAAAAUUUAGAAUAUAUCAGUUGGGCUAAAGAUAAAUUAAUUGAGAAAUACAAAGAACAAUCGAAUCAAGAGUUGACAUCAAUUGUUGAUAUUUCACUACAAAAUUUAAUGACUGGAUGA